CAGUUUGUGGACUACAACGAUAUCAUGUGAGCAUGUACUAUGGAAACGACGUGAAGCGAUCGAAGAGAAACAGUGUACAGUGUUGCUCAGCUUCGAUAGGGGGUAGCGGCACUCCCCCGGCCGUUGCAGCCCGCCGUACCAGAGGCGGUGUCGGCGUGGUCUGGGGCUUUGUCGGCACCUUGGUUGGCAUCACCAUCAUUGGCGUUCUUCUUCUGUUGUUUCACGGGGAGCGUACCAACGUCUUUCCCACAUGUGCAACUUGGUCCUGCAAGCAUUUCUCCCAACUACUCACGCUGUCUCUGGACGACACUCGCGACCCCUGUCAGAACUUCUACCUCUACGUCUGCAACAAGUGGCAAGAAAGAUUUCCUCAGUAUCCGUCUGUUCUCAUGGCUCUGCGGCAUGACGCCAUCAUCAGGGUUGGCCAAUCAGCACUUGCGAAAAGGGUGCAGCCGACGGGGCAGAAUAAUAUUGAGAAGGCCGUGCGUUUCUAUCAAAGUUGUGUCCGGGCUAAACAACGAGAGGACGAUGAGAUCAUCACUGGAAGGUCCUUACUGCGGUUAAUGCGGCUGCCAUGGCCAAGAGUCGAUGUUACAGCCGAUCCUUUGCUGGUUCUUCUGGAUCUAUAUUCCAAGUGGAGCCUCGCGCUGUGGUUCAGCGUGGAAGUCGGCAGUGGAGCAUUUCCUCCGGUCGUUUUCAACUCAUAUUCACUCAUUAACAACUGGCCUUGGGUGACUUGGAUUGAUCCCAUCUCACAGAUGCAGAACGGUCGCGACAUCGUACGAAUUCUAUUUCAUCUCUUCAACAGCGACAUAAACUUCGCUUUGACGGACACUUUCCUGAACCAGCUGCAGUCGACGGACAACAUCGUUAUUCCCACCCUGAGAUCUGCUGCCGCACGACAUGAGGACGACGUCAGCUUUGAAAAUGUGGUUGACUUUAGCUACGGGAUCGAGGUACCCAACAUGACUGAACAUACCUGGGUGGAUUACUUACGGCGCACUCUGUCGAGCAACGUUCAGGUGAACAGUCCCGUGAAAGUAAAACAGUUGUCUCUUCUUCGCGCCUGCGCCAGUCUCCUACACGACAUCGAGAAGAACCAUCUGCUUCUGCACAUGGGAUGGCUCGUGGCAGUCACAAUAGGAGAGUUGAUCAUUCAAAACAUUACACAGAUCAUGAACCAUGGUACUAACCAUGCGCUGCACGAGGAGACGUCGUAUACGAAAUGCUUUUUCCUCACGGAGGACCUCUGGACAUUCGCUUGGAGUGUGCCAAUCCUGAGCAGCUAUUUGAACAGACAAAAACUUAGAGAAACUGAAGAAAUACUCCGUGCCGUGAUUCGAGCCAUAGUGCACAGAAUUGAACAUGCCAAGUGGCUGGACAUUCCGUCUAAGCAGGGCGCCUUAUCCCAGUUGGAUGGGCUACGGAUCUACUGGGGGGAGCCACAGAAUGAACAAUGGGUCCACGUCUACGACGAUAUCCCUGACAUGGGAGAUUCUCUCUUGGAAAACUGGGCUAACCUGAGCCAAGUCUUAGGGUCUGUCCGACAAACUAUGAGUCAGAGGAACUACACGUACAUGCCGAUCCUAAGACAGCCAGAGUGGCAGCAAUCCCAAAGACGCCUUGCACUAACAGCCGCACGUCUCAUUCCUCCGUUGUUCUACGAGAACUCGACACUGGGCAUUGGAAUCGCCCCACUGGGUGCUAAAAUUAGCAGCAUGCUGAUGAGCGCAUUCGUCGUCGUAGCCCGACUGGCAUUCGCCACAGCAAGUCCAGCGGCGACAACAGAGCAAGCAGCGCGAUUGCAGUGCUUUAUAAAUGAACUACAAUCAGAAGGAGUGUCAGCGACACCAUCAAAAUUAGCGGAUGUUUUACGGGUUGGCCCCCUUGCGGAUGCUUAUUGGCUUAUGAACAGAACAGAUGAAGACGAAAGGAGAGGACGUCUGGAAGGGCACGAGUGGCUCACAGAUUUCCAGAUGAUGUUCAUCAGCGUGUGCUACACAACCUGUGGACGGGCUGGUGAUAUUGAACAGGAAGCGCAGUGCAACGUUGCACUGCGAAACUGGCCGGGAUUCGCCCAGGCUUUUCAAUGCCCGGCAGGAUCUCCCAUGAACCCCAUCAAUAGAUGCACCUUCUUUUGAUUUAUUGUCAUUUCUCAAGUGGUUCCAGCGAGUGAACACAAGCACAUUUGUUCAAUGUGUCAAAGUGCAGUGUGCAACUGGAUAUAAGGAUAUGUCGGAGAUUGCAAGUCAUAAAACAGCGUACUUACAUACACACCAAAUUAAAAAUCGAAUAGUUACUUAGACAGGCA